GUAAUCGAUGUGGUUCGCGGCAAGCGAAGGGGGCGAAGGCUGGUUUGUCCUCCACUGCCUCCUUCCACGAACGGAAGGGGCUCUUUGGCUUGGCGAAGUUUUCUUGCAUUCGUGGCUGUUGUGAAACUCGGGUUGUGUUCGUCUCAGUUCUGCUGUAUUGGUGUUGUGUUGCCGUGCAGGUCGUGAGAAGUCGCGAUUUUGUGAACUCUCGAAGUGAAGUUUAUCAUCGCAUACCGCGGGAUGCUGUGUUCGUUGAGUGGCGAAAACAGGAUGUGAAUGUGAUGUUCGUGUCGUUGGUGCAUCGAAGGUUUGUGCCUUUCAUCUGUGUGUGAAGUACGUUGCACCUUUGACUUUGACAUAAUCGAACAUUGUGCACGAAAAGUAUAGCUGUACGCUACAGGCCGGAACAAAACGAGCGGUGUUUUUCUCAAAAGAGGUCUUAAAAGGACGCUAUGGCCGUGCACUGUAGACAACUACCAAGGCAUCGGCGUUUUUCAGCUCGAAGUGUACCUGGGACUCAGUGUUAGGGACCAUGGUAAAAAUUCCAGCUUGCCCACUGAGGUCCCUCGGCUUCAGGAUGGCCAGCACCAGCUCCACGUUACCUGUGUGCAUCUUGUAUAUAUGUAUAACUGUCUUUAUUAUGCUGCCGAGGACGGGGGCCUUGGAUGACGGACCCAAUGUCUGUACAAAGCAAGAAAAGUACCUUACCACAGUGAGAGUCUCCUACAAUAAACCGUACACUGUGAGGACAUACACAUGGUGUUUGGCAUUUCCACCACGUUGUUCAAAAUACAGGAUAACAUACUCGUUGGCAUAUAAAACGGAAGUGAAAGAAAGUACACGCACUGUCAAGGUGUGCUGUAAAGGCUACGUGGAGAACUCAGAUGGUUCAAAAUGCUUGCCUCUUUGCAAUAACCCAUGUAUACACGGAACAUGUUCGAGCCCGGAGACCUGCGAAUGCCAGCCAGGAUGGGGAGGGCCCACAUGCAAUUUCUCUUGUCCUACUGGCAAAUGGGGUCAAGAUUGCCAGAAGGAUUGUCCUUGUCAAAACAAAGCUAGAUGUGAUCCUGUCAGUGGUGCUUGUGCUUGCACUCCGGGAUGGCAGGGCAUUGACUGCAGUGAACCAUGUAACUCUGGCACAUACGGCUACGAGUGUGGUCAGGAGUGCCGCUGUGAAAACAGUGCUCUUUGUGACCAUGUGUCUGGUGCUUGUACCUGUGCUCCUGGGUACAGAGGACCCCUUUGCCACGAACUCUGUCCAGAUGGAACUCAUGGUGACCAGUGCUCUAGCAAGUGUAACUGUCAAAAUGGGGGUACCUGUAACCCAGUCAAUGGACACUGCUACUGCCCUGAUGGUUGGUCGGGCCUUGUUUGUGCAAACCCAUGCCCAUCAGGAUUUUAUGGUAUGAACUGCAGCCAAAGGUGCCAUUGCUACAACGGGGCUUUCUGUGACCACUUGACUGGUGAAUGUAACUGUGCACCAGGCUACACUGGAGAACGGUGCCAGAAUGAGUGUCCCUUUGGAACUUACGGCCUGAACUGUACAAAGAAGUGUGACUGCGAAAAUGGUGCAAGCUGUAAUGCUUCAAAUGGACAGUGCAUAUGCCAGCCUGGUUUUACUGGACCAAAGUGCGAGAGCAGAGCAUGUGCUGAUCACAUGUAUGGUCCAGGUUGUGAUCAGUUUUGCCAGUGUGAGAAGGAAAGUACAAUACUAUGCCAUCCAUGGAAAGGUACUUGCAAAUGCAUGCCGGGUUGGACCGGUCCUACGUGUGGACGACCUUGCCCACCUUUGACCUAUGGAGCAGAGUGUGCAUCUUCCUGCAGCUGUGAAAAUGAAGGGACAUGCAAUCCAGUCGAUGGCACAUGCAUCUGUGAACCUGGUUACACUGGUCAAAAUUGCAGUGAAGAGUGCCCAGCUGGAAAAUACGGCACCAAUUGCACGCAGGAUUGCACUUGUGAAAACGGCAGCACCUGCUCGCCCAUCAAUGGAUACUGCAAAUGCCCACCAGGUUACUUUCAGUCGAGAUGCAAUACCCUGUGCCCUGUUGGCACUUACGGUGAAGGCUGCCAAUCUAAAUGCACAUGCCGAAACAAUGCUGCAUGUGAUCCAGUGACGGGGAAAUGUACCUGUGCACCAGGAUAUGUAGGCAAGACAUGUAACAAAAAAUGUGAUCAUGGACACUAUGGUACCAACUGCGAAAAUAAGUGCAUGUGCAACUGGAACCAUGCUACUGGAUGUGAUCACGUCUCUGGAAGGUGUCAAUGUCACCUGGGCUACAAAGGAGUGUCUUGUGAAAGCCAAUGCCCUCGUGGUUUCUGGGGCGCAUCAUGUGAAAACGCGUGCGAUUGCAAGAAUAACUCUUCCUGUGACCCGGAGACAGGUAUCUGCAUAUGUGAGAGAGGUUGGAUGGGAAAAGACUGCAAUGAAUCAUGUCCCCCUGGCACGUUUGGACAGAACUGUUCAGAGACGUGUGCUCACUGUGUGCAUACGACUGGGCCAUGCAAUCACAUUACUGGAAAAUGUCCGUGCCAACCAGGAUACACUGGAUUUACAUGUAGUGAAACAUGUGCUUCACAGACGUGGGGAAUGAACUGUAUGGGAAAAUGCAAGUGCCAGAAUGAUGGUGAAUGCAGUUCCAUAACGGGCCAGUGUCUCUGCCGUCCUGGCUGGCAAGGAGAACACUGCACCAUCCCAUGCACCAAUGGCACAUAUGGUUUCAAUUGCACCCAAAAAUGUACUUGCCUCAAUAAUGGACGCUGCCGAGCGAGCGAUGGAAAAUGCAAGUGCAGUCCUGGAUGGAUGGGUCCAAGAUGUACUGAAAUAUGCCCUGAAGGAUUUUAUGGUGACCAUUGCAUGGGUUUUUGUGAGUGCAAAGACAACUUCGUCUGCAGUGCAGUGAGUGGAUGUGUUUGCAGAUACGGAUUUACUGGAGAACACUGCAACAUAAGACUCUAUGACAAGAGUGUGAUGCUGAUUGAAGAGGAUACACGGUCCAAUUCUGGAAUUGUAGUUGGAACAAUCCUGGCAGUGAUCCUUGUGGUGGUGGUUCUCGUCUGCAUUGUGUUUUACUACAGAAGGAGGGUUAAUCGACUGAAGAAUGAGUUAUACGUGAUGUACACCGCAGAGCCAGGGCCACCUCCUGAUCGCCGUCACUUUGACAACCCUGUCUAUGCUUUCCAAGCUGUUCCACUGGAUGGUGCUCUCAACAAUGCUCCAGGGGCGUCAAACAUCAAGCAUAUUCAUAAUGAUCUCAACUGUACCAAGAGUAACAUUCAAAAAGCAAAGUUGGAAUAUAUUGAAGAAGAUGACUCAAAUAGCUUGAAAGGUGCUUGCGGAGUCUCUGAUGACAUUGGGUCAAAGAGUAAAGACUUUGACUUCAAGCCAAAUAUAUACCAGAGCAUAGAGGAUUUAAAAUCAUACAUUGACAAGAAGGAGCCAUUCUACGACGAAGUGAAGGACAAGAGUGAUGCAAGCAACGCUUCGUGUUCUAGUAACUCAUCUGCCUCGUGUGAAAAGACUAAAGAUUCAGGCAGCUCAACAGCUACAGAUGGUGACUCUGAUGCAUACGAUCAUCUGGAAUAUAACAGGCCAAAGACAGAAAUGAAGCCUACCUACUACAGGAUGGAGAAUACGCUGACAAAGAAGAAACCGUGAAUGUGCCAAUGUGGAACAGCAAUCACGUUUACGUGUGGACAGGAAACAUUUGCCAGCUGCCAUCAGUGUAGUGAAAGAAGUCACAAGUGGCACGUGUUAUGUUAAAGUAGUGGUUUUAUGUUUUAUUAGCUUUUUGCUCUGAAUCCUGCUUGAAUGGCUCACCCAAAUUUACUUAAAAUCACAGCAUGCAUUUUGUCACCCCCCCCAUCUACACCGUGCCGUUACCACAUUGACUGGCUGGCCAGUCUUGUUUUGUGGUUCUCCUGCUUUACAAGUUUUGUAAGAAUGCUCCUUGUCUGUGCACCUGCACAGUUCUCUCAGCAUGCGGGCAGUUGAUGAAGAUUUGUCCUCUGUGUCAAAUGAAUUUUUUUUUUUUUUUUGUCACAGCCAUUUGUAUCUCUUUAUAGCCACUGGUACUCCAUGAUGGACUCUACGGUGUGAGUUCCUUUACAGCCUCCCUGCUAAAUAUUGUGAUCAGUUACCAGGCCACCUACUUUUUAAUGAGAGUUUUGUGAGCAGCAACCCUAAGAGCUGCAUGCACUGUUCUGUACAUGAUGUAAAUAAUCCUCAUAGACAUUUUUGUCUUGAAGGUAGAGAAAUAAAGUCAUCUAUCUUUUCA